AUGCUGGUGGAUGGAGGGAGUUCAGCGAACAUUAUCUUUUGGGAAGCCUUCGUUCAGCUGAAAAUAGACGAGAAAGAGCUCACACGAGUCAACUAUCCUGUGAUAGGAUUUUCCGGAGCCACGGUCUUCCCGGAAGGUAGCAUCAGGCUAUCGGUGCAGAUUGGAGAGGGAAGGACCGCAAGGGACCUAAUGGUAGACUUCUUGGUAAUCAAAGUGCCGGCUGCAUACAACGUCAUAGUGGGCCGGCCAUUCAUCCACGAUGCACAGGCAGUGGUAUCAACAUACCAUCUAACCAUGAUAUACAUGUCUAACUUUGAGAAGGCUGAGAGAAUCCGAGGCAGUCAAGAGUCAGCAAGAUCAUGCUACUUGACGGCAUUAAAAACACCAGGCCGACUGACCCCAUCCAGGAAUAUAACGAGAGAGGCAGCAAUGAAAAGACCGGCAAAAGGCCAAACCCCAAAAUCGGAGGGUGAGCAUUCUCUGUUUCCCAAGAAGGAGAAAAGGCAGAAAAUGGAGUCACCCACAAUCGAAAACAUCGAAAAGGGGGCUACUUUACCUAGGGUAGAGGCCGGAGGAGAGUCGGAAGAAGUCGAGCUGGUAGAAGGAGAAACUGGCAGAACAGUGAAGAUAGGAACCGACAUUGACCCCCAAUGGCGGGUAAACAUGAUCGGUCUAUUGAGAGAACACGCGGAUGUGUUCGCAUUUUCCGCAGACGAAAUGCCAGGUAUAAGCCCAGAUGAAGAGGUAGAAAAGUUGCUGGCAGCGGGAUUUAUUGAACCGUGCGACUACCCAGAGUGGUUGGCCAACGUCGUAAUGGUUAAGAAGUCAAACGGCUCGUGGAGAAUGUGCGUAGAUUUCACAAACCUUAAUAGAGCAUGCCCGAAGGACUGCUACCCACUGCCAAGAAUCGACAGGCUAGUCGACUCCACAUCUGGCCAUGCGCUGCUCAGUUUCCUUGACGCAUUUUCCGGGUACCACCAAGUCAGCCUUGCAAAGGCCGACAGGAGAAAAGCAGCAUUCAUCACUGAGGGGGGAGUAUUCUGUUACAAGGCUAUGCCGUUUGGGUUAAAGAACGCUGGGGCAACGUACCAAAAACUGAUCGACAGAGUGUUCGCAAACCAAAAAGGCCGCAACAUUGAAGUAUACGUCGACGACUCCAUAGUGAAAAGCAAAUUGGAGACCGACAAUUUAGACGACCUCAGGGAAACGUUUGAAACUCUACGCCGUUACCAAAUGAAGCUGAACCCCAAGAAAUGUGUGUUCGGAGUGAAAUCGGGGAAAUUCUUGGGUUUCCUUGUCAGCGAGAGAGGCAUAGACGCAAACCCAGAUAAGGUAGAAGCAAUACUCGGUCUGCCCCAACCAAAAAGCAUCAAAGAUGUACAAAGGCUGACAGGAAGAAUGGCAGCUCUGACAAGAUUUGUUAGCAAAUCAGCCGACAGGUCGAUCCCAUUUUUUAACACUCUUAAGCAGAACGGAAAAUUCCGGUGGGGAGAAACCGAGGAAAGGGCCUUUGAGAAGGUAAAAGACCAUCUUCGUGCUUUGCCGACGAUAGCCAGGCCGGAAGAGGGCGAAAAACUACAGUUGUAUGUGUCCGCUUCAGCCCAAACCGUUGCUGCCGUACUAAUCAGUGAAAAAGACAAAGUCCAGCAGCCGAUAUACUUUGUCAGCCACAUUUUGAAUCCGGCAGAAGCGAGAUACUCGCCGAUAGAGAAAGUUGCCUAUGCAGUCCUGAUAGCCGCCAGAAAGCUCAGACCAUAUUUUGAUGCACAUACCAUACAAAUCCUGACGAACUUCCCACUAGAGAAGGCUUUGCAAAAAAUGGAUACAACCGGCAGGCUGUUGCGAUGGGCAAUAGAGCUGUCGGAGUACGAUCUUGAGUUUCACCCGCGCAAUGCAAUAAAAGCACAAGCCUUGGCCGACUUCGUAGUUGAAGCAUCUUAUCAAGAGGAUGAAACCAAAGCAGAAUCCUGGGAAGUAUCAGUGGACGGGUCAGCCGCUCAGUUGGGAGCGGGAGUCGGCGUUGUCAUGACCUCUCCGACAGGAGAUAAGUUCGAAUACGCAAUCAGAUUCACUUUUGCAGCUUCGAACAACGAAGCAGAAUAUGAAGCAGCCAUUGCCGGGGUACAGCUAUGUUUGUUGGCAGAUGCCAAGAGGAUAGUAAUGACAACAGAUUCUCAAUUGGUGGCAAAUCAGUUUUCGGGAGAGUAUGAAACAAAAGAGCCAUCAAUGCGGCGGUAUCAAGAAAAACUGAAGACGCUGACAGCGAAAUUAGAGGCUUUUGAGAUCAAGUUGGUCCCUAAAGCGUUGAACACUGCCGCAGACAGCCUAGCAAAACUGGCCAGUUCGAAAGCAAUCGAGCUCAGUCGAUCAGUAAUGAUAGAAAUCAUGCACAGAAGGAGUACGGAAGAAAAAGGAAAAGAAAUAAUGGUCAUCACGGCAAACAGAGAGUGGUACGACGAUAUCUGGACGUACAAGACGACUGGAGUGCUCCCGGCCGAUAUCAUGGAGGCAAAGAAAAUCAAAAAAGACGUCUGCUGGUACGUCAUAUAUCAGGGACAACUCUAUAAAAGAGCAUUCAGCCUCCCCCUGCUGCGGUGUUUGACGGCAUACGAAUCCGCAAGGUUAAUCGAAGAAAUGCAUGAAGGAAUAUGCGGAAACCAUGUAGGAGGAAAAACAAUCGCUUUGAUCUGCCAAAGACAAGGUUACUACUGGCCAACCAUGCUCGAAGACGCACAGAGCUACGUCAAGAAAUGUGAAAAAUGCCAGCUGUUUGCCCCAGUAAUACGUAUGCCGGCAAACGACUUGAUGCCCAUUCUGAAUCCAAUUCCAUUCGCCCAGUGGGGAAUGGAUAUUGUAGGACCCUUCACAACAGCCUCAGGAGGCAGGAAGUUCUUGAUCGUUGUCGUCGAUUACUUCACAAAAUGGAUUGAGGCCGACCUGGUAGCAAAGAUAACAGCCAACCAGGUACGGAAGUUCAUCUGGAAAAACAUCAUAACAAGGUUUGGAAUACCGACAGCAAUAGUAUUCGACCAUGGAUUCCAGUUCGACUGCGAACCUAUACGAGCAUUCUUGGCAGACUACCGGAUCAAGUUCGCAUACGCAUCAGUCUGCCACCCACAGAGCAACGGGCAAGCCGAGGCUGCAAACAAACAAAUACUCGUAGCCCUUAAGAAAAAGAUGGAUGAGUUCAAAGGCAAGUGGGCAGACACAGUCCCAGAGGUUCUAUGGGGUAACAGAACGACGGUUAAAGAAGCAACGGGAGAGAGCCCUUUCAAACUAUGCUUCGGAUCAGAAGCAGUCAUACCGGCUGAAGUAGCACUACCCACCUUCCGCAUCCAGCAUUAUGAAGAACGGGGAAACGACAGCUUACUCAGACACCAGCUAGAUUUCUUACCAGAGGUCGGACUGCAGGCGGAAAUUAAGUCGGCUGCAUACAAGAACAGAAUGAGCAGGGCCUACAACAAGCGAGUAAAACAUAGGAAUCUAGAGGUAGGCGACCUUGUACUUCGCCGGACGGCAGCAACCGGCAAGGCUCAAAAACAAGGAAAACUGACUGCAAAUUGGGAAGGGCCCUACCAGAUAUGGCAAGAAGUGGUAGCUGGAUCAUACAGACUUAAUGGAGAUGGAUGA